AUGGACAAUUCAUCCAACUUUGAUGAAAACUCUGAUGUGGGGUAUCAACCUUCACCUUCUUCUGUGGAUCAAAAUGAUCAUUCAGUCACGGAAACUGCUGGAUACUCUCCAUUCAGUGGUGAUUCCUUUGCAUAUUGCCGUACUAACUCUGAGGUCUCAAACUUCUCUGAGGCUAUUGAUGACAAUAGCUAUGCAAGUGAACCUUCACCUUCUGUAUGGACAGCUAUAAAACAUGGAGGUAGUCAUGCUGCUCUUUCCAGGUUAGGAAUGAAGCAGCAUAGGCAUUCAUUGGAUGAUAAACAUGAUGAUGACCUUGAUCUCUUGGAGUCAGAGCUUGAAACGAUGAAGGAAAGAUUUGCAAAGCUUCUGUUGGGGGAAGAUAUGUCUGGUGGUGGGAAAGGAGUAUGUACUGCAGUUACAAUAUCAAAUUCAAUUACCAAUCUCUAUGCAACUGUAUUUGGACAAAAUUUAAAGUUGGAGCCUCUGAAGCCUGAGAAGAAGGCUAUGUGGAAAAGAGAAAUGAAUUGUCUCCUAUCUGUGUGUGAUUACAUAGUAGAAUUUGCCCCAACUGCACAAUACUUAGAAGAUGGCACAAUUGUGGAGAUGAUGACAAGUAGAUCAAGAUCAGAUAUUUAUAUCAACCUUCCAGCUCUACAGAAGCUUGACACAAUGCUCAUAGAAAUAUUGGAUAGUUUCCAUGAUACUGAAUUUUGGUAUGCUGAACAAGGGAGCAUAUCAGGGAAUUCGUCUCGGUCACGGGCAGGCUCAUUUCGUAGAAUUGCUCAAAGGAAAGAUGAGAAAUGGUGGUUGCCAGUUCCUUGUGUUCACCCUGGUGGCCUCUCUGACGAGUCAAGUAAGCACUUGAGUGAGAAGAGAGACUGUGCUAAUCAAAUUCAUAAAGCAGCUAUGGCAAUAAAUAGCAGUGUUCUAGCAGAAAUGGAUAUCCCAGAAACAUAUUUGGCAAAUCUUCCCAAGAGUGGAAGAGCAAGUCUUGGGGACCCAAUUUACCGCUAUAUGUAUUCUGCAGACAAGUUCUCACCUGAAUACCUUCUUGAUUGUCUCAAAAUAAGUUCUGAACAUGAAGCACUUGAGCUGGCAGAUAAGGUCGAAUCUUCAAUGUUCACUUGGAGGCGUAAAUCAUGUCUGAGCCAUUCAAAAACAUCAUGGAACAAAGUUAAGGAUCUCAUGGCUGACACUGACAGAAGUGACAAAAACUACAUCUUAGCUGAGAGAGCUGAGACUCUCUUGUUUUGCUUGAAGCAAAGAUACCCUGAACUUUCUCAAACAUCAUUGGACACAUGCAAGAUUCAAUACAACCGGGAUGUUGGGAAAGCAAUAUUAGAAAGCUACUCAAGAGUAUUAGAAGGCUUAGCAUUCAACAUUGUAGCUUGGAUUGAAGAUGUUCUUCAUGCAGAUAAAUCAAUGAAGAACCAAAAUGUAUAG